GGGCAACAUUUAUCAAAUGUCACUUAAAUGAGCGAUUGGUCGGCCCUUUUUGAGCUCCCUUGUUCAUAUUUUUUAGAAUUUUCCGUGUAAUAUGUUGCUCAUAUCAGAUACUAGCUGAAAUUACUGAAGCUCGUAAAUCCAUUUAAAAUUUGCAAUGAUAAGAUGAUUCCGAUUAAAGACAAUCAAGAUGUUGCAUCUUUCCUCGUCACCAAACACUCUUGGAAGGGGAAGUAUAAGAGAGUGUUCUCUAUUGGCACCCAUGGGAUCACCACAUACAACCCGGAUCGCCUGGAGGUGACCAAUAAGUGGUUGUAUGCAGACAUCAUCACAAUUGCGUCGGCAAAACAUUCAAACUCCACUGCCAACCAUGAUUUUACAUUAGUUAUGAAGAAAGACAAAAAAGUGGACACUAUGAAGUUCUCUUCAGAACACAAGUGCCUCAUCCUAACAGAAGCUUUCAGGUUCAGGAACUUGUUUGCUGAAAAACCUAAGGAUGUAUUUAGAUACCAAGCCUAUAAACAUCACUGGAGUGGAACUCGGUUACCAAUAGUACUUGAAGUAGGUCCAUGCGCGUUAGAACAACUAGAUCCAUCUACGCACACAUUACUGGCAAGUUAUCCAUACUGUGACAUCCAAGGAAUCCUACCGGUGCGGGAUGUCUCUGGAGGCUUCGUGCUGGCCGUAGGAGGCUACAGCCGUCUCCAUCUGUUCUCCAAUUCAAUGGACCAUCAGAUGAUAAUAAACAAGAUGCUUGAAAUGGCGAACUUGUCGCUCAGCAUAAGUAUUAAAGUUCUGUCGGCAAGUACAACUUUGGAUGAUUACCAUGAUCAGAGAUUUGGAAAGUAUAGCGGAGAUCAACACCAAACGUCCCUAAGCGAGUUUACGGUGCAUAAAGUCAACCCGGCGCGGCAUAUGGAGCCGAUGCGACGGACUCUUUGUCUCUCCGAUACUUGCAUACUAGAGAGGGAUCCGCAGACUUAUUCUGUGGUGUGUCUGCGGCCGUUGUCAAGCGUGUUCGCGUUAGUCAGAGACUCAGAACACCCGCAAAAGUUCGCUAUCGAGUAUAUGAACGGACAGACGCGCACGUACCUCGCAGGAGAAAGGGACGCGCUGCUGGCGUCGCUGCUGGACGGCGUGCGCUCGAGCGGGCAGCGCGACGUGCACGUGCGCUCCACGCACACGCCGCGCGGGUACCGCCUCGGCCCGCUGCACCACUCCGUCGACGAGGAGACCGAGGCUAACCAUCUCAGAUUGUUCCAAAACUCAGUGGGCAUGUCUCGUGCGGAGGUGAUAGAGCGGUUCAACGCGAACGUGGGGUACAGCGGACUCAUCUACUCAGUCAGCCAAGACGCUCGUCCCCUGUUGUGGCUGUUUCUUACGUGGGAUCUACGGCUAUUCGCGGAGAACAAAGAGAAGUUGAUCACUGGAGCGUUGAACGCGCUGGUGAACAGCGCCGCGUCGGCCGCCACGCUGCCGCUGCGGGAGCUCGAGGCGCAGUUCCACGCGCUGCGGCGGCUCUGCGCCAGUAAGGUCGGGUUUGCCGCGUUCACUGCGCUGCCCGGUUUCCGCGAGUGGAUCGGCACGGCGGCGGUGGGCGCGCUGCGGCGCGGCUCGGCGGCGUGCUCGCACGCGGCGCUGGACGCGGUGUGCGCGCUCAUGCAGCCCAUGCACCAGGAGCCCGACCUGCGUCAGGAGCAGCUCAACAAGGCCAGCAUGCUCUCCUCGCCGCACUUCCUCGACGGACUGCUCACCAUGUGGGCCGAGCACGUGAUGGCAGGUACUGGUGCGUUGGUAGUGGCGGCCAUGUUGGAUUUCCUAACAUUCGCGCUGUGCGUUCCGUACAGUGAGACAACGGAUGGAAAGCAGUUUGAUCAGUUACUCGAAAUGGUCGCUAAUAGAGGACGGAUUUUGUUCAAAUUAUUUGAGCACCCGUCCAUGGCGAUAGUGAAGGGCGGCGGGCUGGUGAUGCGCGCGCUCAUCGAGGAGGGCGGCGGCGGCGUGGGCGCGCGCAUGCAGGCGCUGGCGCUGGCCGAGGCCGCGCUGCCGCGCCACCUGCUCGCCGCGCUGUACGCGCCCGCGCGCCUGCACCAGCGCCACCUCGCGCGCCACCUGCUCGCGCUCUGGCUCGUCGACCACGCGCCCGCGCACGACCUCAUGAAGCGGAUCAUGCCAUCUGGCUUGUUAGCUUUCCUGGAGUCGACAGAAGCGCCACCGGCGGAGGCGCUGGCGGCGGACCGCGUGGAGGAACGCGACAAUCUGCAGCUCGCGCAGGCCUCUGCGCCGCGUCCGCGAGCGAGACACUGGGACGCGCUCGAGCGACAGGUCAAAUACGUCGAGAAACAUCUAGAGCACUACGCGAACCUGGCGCUGCAGCACUGGGCGGCGCGGCGCGAGCCGCGCGAGCGCGACGCGCGCGACCGCCCCGUCGUGCUGCGCAGGCGCCGCGAGCGACUCAAGUCGCACGCCAACUGGCCGCUCUUCUACUACCAGUUCCACAGGGACCAUGCGCUGCCCAACCUCAUAUGGAACCAUACGACCCGUGAAGAACUCCGCGUGGCCCUCGAGAACGAGAUCCGAGCGUUUACGAUGGACCGCGAGGUGGCGGGCGGAGUGCUGACGUCAUGGAACCACGCCGAACUCGAGCUGCACUACCAGUGUCUGCAGCACGAGGUCAAGAUCGGCGACUACUACCUCAGGAUACUGCUAGAGCAACGGGACAAUGACGAUAGCCCUAUCAGGAAGAGCUACGAGUUCUUCAACGACCUGUACCACCGAUUCCUGUCGACUCCAAAGGUGGAGAUGAAGUGCAUGUGCCUACAAGCGAUGAGCAUCGUGUAUGGUCGGUACUUCGAGGACAUCGGGCCCUUCGCAGACACCAAGUAUAUCGUGCAGAUGUUGGACAGGACAUGUGAUAGAGCGGAAAGAGACAGGCUGGUACAGUUCCUAUCGAAAUUAAUACUGCACAGAAGAAACGUUAGCGAAAUAUUAGAAUGGAACGGUAUUAGAAUAUUAGUAGAUCUCAUGACACUAGCUCAUCUACAUACAUCGCGAGCGCUAGUGCCCACUCAGAGUAACGUCAUCGAAGGGCCUGCGCAGACCGGCGGCGGCGACAGGGAGUGGUACUACAACCUCGAACAGGGAGAUAAAGUUCAGAGGAAGGGACCUGUUAGUUUUCAACAACUAAAAGAGCUGUACCAGUCCGGCGAGAUCAACAACAAGACGAAGUGUUGGGCGAACAGCAUGGAGGGGUGGCGCGCCGUGGGCAGCAUCCCGCAGCUGAAGUGGACGCUGGUGGCGCGCGGCGCCGCCGUGCUCGACGAGAGCGCGCUCGCCGCCACCGUGCUCGACCUGCUCGUCACCUGCGCCAGAUACUACCCCAGCAGGGACCAAGAAGACGCUGUGAUCAGACCACUGCCGAAACUAAAGCGGUUGUUGUCAGAACCUACUUGUUUAGCGCACGUAGUUCAGUUGUUGUUGACAUUCGAUCCAAUACUUGUUGAAAAAGUCGCAACUCUAUUGUACGAGGUGAUGCAGGACAACCCGGAAAUAUCAAAACUGUACCUGACAGGCGUGUUCUACUUCAUGUUGUUAUAUACUGGAUCCAACUUACUACCCAUCGCCAGGUUCUUGCGUCUCACGCAUAUGAAACAAGCCUUUAGAGCGGAUCAAACUAGUUCGGAUAUAAUGCAGCGGUCUAUACUAGGCCAAUUGCUUCCUGAAGCGAUGGUGUGCUACUUAGAAAACCAUGGUGCUGAAAAAUUUGCGCAAAUAUUCCUUGGCGAGUGGGACACGCCAGAGGCUAUCUGGAAUUCAGAAAUGAGACGCACGCUGAUGAUGAAGGUGUCGGCGCACAUCGGCGAGUUCUCGCCGCGCCUGCGCGCGCACGUGGCGGCGCGCUACCCGUACCUCGCCGUGCCCGCCGUGCGCUACCCGCAGCUCGACGCAGAGCUCUUCUGCAACGUCUUCUACCUGCGACACCUGUGCGACACCGACAAGUUCCCGGACUGGCCGAUACCUGAUCCGGUUGGUCUAUUAAAAGACGUCCUCGAAGCGUGGCGUCGCGAGGUGGAGAAGAAGCCCGCGUCGAUGACGGCGGGCGAGGCGUACGCGGCGCUCGGGCUCGGCGACGGCGCGCACGACGAGGCCGCCGUGCGCAAGGCCUACUACCGCCUCGCGCAGCAGUACCACCCCGACAAGAACCCUGAGGGCCGAGAACGAUUCGAGGCCGUGAACCAGGCGUACGAGUUUCUGUGUAGCAGAAAUGUAUGGACCGGAGAUGGUCCCAAUACAAAUAACAUUGUUCUCAUACUGCGGACACAGACUAUUCUAUUCCAACGGUAUUCCGAGGUGUUGUCUGCGUACAAGUACGCGGGCUACCCGCAGCUGCUGAGUACCGCACGACUAGAGGCGGAGGCGGAGCAGUUGUUCGGCACGCGCGACGCCCUGCUCCCCGCCGCAUGCGAGCUUGCGCACGCGACUGUGGCGUGCUCCUCCCUGAACGCGGAGGAGUUGCGGCGGCAGGGCGGGCUGCGCGUGCUGGCGGACGCUCUGGCGCGCUGCACGCCGGUACUGGCGGCCGCGACGCGCGCGAGUGACGUGGCGCCCGCCGUGUGCGCGCACUGUGCGCGGUGCAUCGCCGUCGCCGCAGCGUUCCCCGCGUGCCGCGCCGUCUGCGCCGACAUGCCGCAGCUCUGUGCGGAUAUCGUGCCACUUCUCAAGAAACCUAAGCUGGGCGACACUGCAUGCGCAGGCGCGGAGGCGGUGGCGGCGCUGUGCGCGGAGCCGCGGUGCCGCGUGCAGCUGGCGCGCGCGGCGGUGCUGCCGGCGCUGCUGCCCGCCGUGCUGCACUACGACUACACGCUCGCAGAGUCCGGCGUCGACUCGGACGCUAAGGCUAACAAACAGGAGAUAGCGAACCAGCUAGCCAAGAAGUGCGUGCAAGCGUUGGCGGCUAUAUACGGGCCUCACUCGGAGCCGUCGCCCGACGACGACAGAAUACGGAACGCACUCCACACGCUGCUCACCCCGUACUUGUGUGGAAGGCUCGCCGAACCUGAUCAGCAUGAGCUUCUAAAAACUCUCACAUCCAACUGGCGAACGCCAUACCUAGUAUGGGACAAUAGUACUCGUGCGGAACUACGCGACGUGUUACACAACGCCAAGAGUGGCUACGAAGAUGAUGGACCGCUAGUGGAACCGUUCACUUACUCAGCGCACGAAGGAUUACUUACAGUCGGUGGAGUCUAUCUGCAGAUUUACAACGAACAACCCGAGUUCUCUAUUGAGAAUCCUCACCAGUUCAUACUUGAUUUGCUCACUUUCAUCCAAGAGCAAACGAAAUCUGACAUGACGGACGAAGUAGUGGAACACAUCACGCUGGCUUUGACGUCGUUAGCGAAUGUUAUUAUUAAAAAUCCAGGCGCGGAGAUACAAUGCAUAGGCCAGUUCGGCGUAAUUUUCGGUCUCAUGGGCGCGUCGGCGCACCCGGCGCUGCAAGCCGCGGCCGUGCAGGUGGCGGGCGCGGCGGCGCGCAGCCGCGAGUGCGUGGAGGACGUGGCGGCGAGCGCGGUGCUGGGCCCGCUGCUGGCGCUGCUGCCCGCGCGCCCGCCGCGCCCGCACGCGCUCGCCGCGCUCUCCGCGCUGCUCGCCAACACGGCCGUCGUCAAGGAGGCGCUUGCUAAAGGUGCUGUGAUAUAUUUGUUAGAUUUAUUUUGCAAUAGCAAAGUGCCAGAGAUAAGAGAAACGGCUGUCGAAUUGUUAGCGCGAAUGAUGGCCGACAAACUACACGGACCUAAGGUGCGCCUGACGAUCGCGCGCUACCUGCCGCUGGUGUUCGCGGAGGCGAUGCGCGAGGGCUCGGCGGCGGCCGCGCUGCACAUGUUCGACGCCGCGCACGAGCACCCCGAGCUCGUGUGGAGCGACGAGGCGCGCCACCGGCUCGCCUCACACCUCGCGCAGCUCCGGGACAGACACCAAACAACUCAAGCGCGGGACCCGAACGCUAUAUUCGAGGACCGCGAGGCGAACGAGCGCGCUAGCGGUGAAGUGGCGUGGGCGCCGCCCGGCGAGGUGGUCGUGGGCGGAGUCUAUCUCAACCUGUACCUGCAGAACCCGCACUGGAACCUGCGCAGCCCCAAGCGGUUCCUGCAGGAUCUGCUCACGGAGACAGUAUCUGCGCUGCCUAAAGACGCUACUGAGGGAAGUCGCGGCUGGACAUGCGCAGCGGCGCUGGCGGUGCUGCUGCGGUCGCGGCCGGCGCUGUGCGAGGCGUGCGCGGCGCUGGGCGAGCUGCCGCGCCUCACGCGCCUGCUGCCCACCUACCCCGUGAAUAUCGUGCCCGUGCUCGCCGCCAUCGCUGAUAAUCAGGCGUGCAUAAUGGCAUUAUCACAAACGGAUGUGAUGUCUGGUCUCAAGACUGCCGUUAAGACUUGCCAGGAGAUCAUCGGAUGCGCGAGUGAGACUCUGUCAUCCAUAUUCAACAGUAGCGUCAACACCGACCGACUAGUAUUACAGGCGCUGGAGUCGGAGCUGGUGGGCGAGCUGGUGGGCCUGCUGGAGCGCGGCGUGGAGGCGGGCGCGGCGGCGCGGCUGGUGUGCGCGCUGAAGGCGAUGGCGCGGUGCGCGGCGCACGGCGAGCGCGUGCGCGCCGUGCUCGCGCGCAGCCCCGUGUGGGACCAGUACGCCGUGCAGCGGCACGACCUCUUCAUCACCGCGCCCGCGCACCACCACUCCAUCGCCGCAACACCUCACACUGCGGGCUACCUCACCGCACCGCCAGCGAACAUUCCCGCUCAACCGCCGCCGAUCGACUGACCGAGCCGCCACGUGCCUACACAUCCGCUGCAAGUAUAGUAACAGCUCUCUACCCUCACGCUUUAGCUGGUGGUAGGAUAUAUUUUAUAUCCGCCCGGAUAGCGACCACCGUACACAAGGUGUUAAAACCCGCUGUAGUAGCACACGUAAGUGUAUCGCGUUUCGGGAUCAGCCUGUGUAUAUCCGGUUGCAACAGGCCGGCAUAAUUAUGUCGACUGUCGAGGGGUAAUCAUCUCUCGUCAGUCGAUAUUCUAUUGGACCCCACUGCACUUACCAUUAGGUGCAGUGGGGUCACUUUGCCGUGCACGUAAAUAACGCUAAUAUCGACUUAUAAUAUCUGGUAAACAUCUUGCCAACACUACCGCGUGGUGGGGGAUUUUGUUUAAGUAAGUGCAGGUACACUUCUCGGUGCAACACCACGUAGUUGUGUGUUCUAGUUGUUUGUCGGCUAUUACCACCGACUUCAAUGAACGCUACCAGUGGGAAUAAACCAAUCAGAAUAGUUCGUUUGAUAUGCUUACGAAUGACUUAUUUUCAUUGGUGUAUUAUUUCCAUUGUCCGCAGUUAGAGAUUGAAAUCGGUUAUACACAUCGAGCUGAUGUAGUUAUUUAUGUCGGUGAAAAUAUAUCUCAAUAUUUUUUUGAUGUUGCGUUUAAAAUAUCGAUAACAUUAGAGGGCUAAUUAGGGCAUACAAGAACCUAAAAUUAAUAGAUCAUGUUGUAAAUAAUGUAGAUGAUAAUUAUGGCAUAUGCUUUGUUCGACAUUUUAAUUGUUAUUCGUAGUGUAUACUACGUAAUAAUGUUACCACGCGUUAUGAUGCAAAAAGGCUUAAUUUCCGUGCCUAAUUAUCUAGUUAAUAUAAUCGGUUCAUGUUAUCCAGUUAACCAAUUUGAACCGUAUUUAGAAUCCAUUCAUUUUAUACGACAAUAUCUCGCUAUAGAGUUAAGUAUAUUGGCGUUCUAUUUGCAAAUGAUCAAAAUUUUUGUGAUUUGAAAUAUGCAAAAUUAUAUUUUUUUGUAAAAAUAUGCUUUGGAGGAAAAUCGAUAUUCGUACUAAUAAAUAAUAAUGCCAUUCUUACUUCUCAGUAGCAUUUCUUCAUGCCUAUCAUGACUAAUAUCAUUGUUACUAUAAAUAAUAAUAAAAAAUAUUGAAUUAUUGUUUAAGUCACAGCUUUUUUAAAAUGCACUGUGAAAAUAUUAUAGAUGAAAUUAAUCGAUACUGCAAUACUGUUCUUUGUGUAUUCUAUAUACUUGGCCACAAUAGUUUUAUAAUUACCGCAAUAUGUACUGAAUAUAUCGUAAGCAAUAGCAUGUACGUGUUUACCUCUAUCGUGUUCAAAUAAUCGACGUUGUUAUCGAUAAAUAGUGUCGUUUUAAACAAAUAGUUCAUGCACUUCCAGUUUGUUAUGCAAUAUAGAUCCUACGAAAUUAUUGUGAAAUUUGAAUGCGUUAAUACGGUUUUUAAUAUUCGCAAAAUAAUCGAUCAUUUUUGGUUCAAUGCUUUCUGUUAUCGAUAAAAAACGUUUGAAAUUUGAUAAAAAUCGUCAGAACGACAGUGUUAUAUUUCUGCUUCUAUAUUCUGGAUUUUUUUUAUACAUUUUCAUAUCGAUAAUUUAGGACCGUGUUCUGUCACAUCCACUAAAAAUAUUGUAAAAAUAUCGUAAAAAAUACUAUUAGUAUUGUCAUCGAGCUGAAAUCAAUUUAAUUUCUGUACUUAUGUAUAGACGUUUAAUGUAAGAUGAAAUCAGCGAAGAAGUAUCUCUUGUAUACUAAUGGAAAACAAGUAUUUGUAAUCGUAAAGUAUUACGAGCCAAAGGUGAUAUCGAGUGCUAGGAGCCGAAUUGAGUGCGUGAUGAGAAAUUAUAAACAUAGUGAUGAAUUGGUUUAUCGAUAUAGUGUUGCGGUAUUCGUGGGCUAAUAAGGAUAUUCAUAGACUGUGGUAACACUUAUUGUCGUAUGGUAUGCUUGUUUGUUUAUUGGAGAAACUUAAUCUACUGUGUUUGGAAACGAUAUUCCAGUAGCUUUUACAACUCUCAAACAUCAAUACUCGGAAUUCCAAUUUGCUAUCAUGUUUUUACAAAUUACUGUUAAAAUAAAAAUCUAUAUUAUAAUGGAAAUUAAAAUAAUGUCGCAUUAGAUUGUUUUAAAAAUGGAACGGAAUAUUCGUUUUACAUUUUCUCAUCAUGUAUGCAUUGAAAGAUUUUGUGGCAUGAUCUCUUCAGUAUAAUGAAAAUACGCCAUUCCUAUUCAUUGUUAGUUUACGUAAGGAAUUAUCUGAAAUUCGCACUAUUUAGACAUUAGGAUAAAUCAGUUAUUGUUUAAUAUGCUAUUCUUAAUAAAUCGAAGUCUUGUUCAGAUAAGAUUUUAACGCAAGUUCAUUGUUAUAACUGCUUAUUGACAUGCGUUGUAAAAGUCACCAUGUCAACACUAUUUUAAUCGGAUGUAAUAAAAAGGUUUUUAUGUCUGUUGUCUGAACGAGAUCUAACUUCGAGUGAAUCGUCACCAGUAGAUGAAAUAAUAUGACGUGUAAAGAAUGAAGUGAAACACUUCGCGUUUAUUGAAAUUGAAAACGUAAAUAUAGGUGUAUACGUCUGGCAUUUCACAUCAAUAAAUUUUCACGAUAUCUCAUUCGCUUUGUAGUGAAACAGACAAUAUAAAAAAUAACAAUAAGCGAGUUGAAACCUAGCUAGAAAGAGCUAGGUUAAGGCUAAGCUAUCGAUGAUUGCGUCGAUAAAUUUAUUUUGAUGGUCAAAGGAAUAGAAUUUAUAACUCACAUAACAUGUGAUUUAAUCAUAAAAAACUUAUUAAAUAUAAAUGUUGUGUCCUCAGCCUGAGUAGUAUUCGCACUUUUAUAAAAGUAUAUAGUAUGUCGCUAUGUUUGUUUAUCGACUAUGCAUUUUGAAUUAUUCGUGUGUUAGUUUUGAAUUAAAUCUUUUAAAAUUCAUUCUUUCUUAAAGUAUGUCUAUUAUUAUUCUUUCUUAAAGUGUAAAAGUUGCUAGCGUUUUGCGAAAAAUUUCAAUAAAGUAACCCAAUUGCCGAAUCGAUACGGAAGUCGACCAAUCAGAUUAGUCUGUUUGACACCUUUAUUAUGAUUGGUCUAUUUUUAGUAUCUGAAGUUAGGCAUUUGAUUGGUUAUUAAUCGUUCGUUACUCUUCUAUUAACUACUUACUAAAAAUAUACAUGCAAUGCAUACUCCUACUUAAUUGGUUUUAUAAUAACAAUUAUUAUAUGAAAAUAUCGACAUAGUCGAUAAAAUUAACAUCUACUUGCAGUACAUAUAACACCACAAGGCUUUCUUGCCAUCACUUAUGUUUGUCUUGAGACUGAAAAUAUAGGAGACAAAAUUAUUGUAUUUUUUUUUUCGAUAAAUCAAAUUGCCUGAUAAUAACGGAACAGGUGAAAUUAUUCUAAAUGAGAUAAUUUUAUAUGUGUAGAGCUUUUUUUACCUACUGUAAAAUUAAUUAUAGAUAUUACGUGCGAGUUUUGUGUGAUAAUAUAUAAACGAAUGUGGAUUGUUGGUUUUAGUCAUAUCAUAGAAUUAAGCCAUCUGACAGUAGUGUUGCACUGUCAAUUAUCGAUAUUUUAAAUUUAGAUAUUUAUCUCGGAAAAUUAUAUGAAAGUUAGUGUGUGUUAUUUAUGUAUUUGUUUUUUUAGUAAUGAAUAAUAUAAUGUAAUAAUUUUUUUUGAUCUUAUUUUUAAACUACUUCUUCUAUUACUUUGCUCAGAAAAUAUACUUGUUUGGCAUUUGACAAUGUAGAUCUACUUUUAUAAUUUUUUGAUAUUGCAACAUUACUGACUUUGAAUGUUCUUAUGUCUCGCUCAUUAAUAAUCGAGUACGUCCUAAUUGUAAAAUGUAAUCGGUAUGAACGCGUGUACGUCACUUUACAGAGCUACAAUCUACGUGACAUCUGUUCAUUUACUUAUUAAAUUUUGUUAAAUUUGUACUACGUACAGAAUAUGUAUGUCAAUUUCUGAGUAAUUAAUUAUUAAUAGGUUGCCUCAAAAUACUGCAUCUUAUGACCUUUUUCACUGACUGAGUAAACGCUAAUGGUUGAAUAUAAUAAAGAGUGACCAAAUACAAACAAUAACACAGAUUCUUCUCGUCUUGUACGGAUAAUAUUCAGUUGAAACAGGUCCUUAAACAUUUGAAAUGGGUAUAUAUUUAAACUCUGCCUUUGAUAGUGGAAAAAGAGGUGAUGCUAAGGGCAACUAAUACACACUCUAAAUGUUGCCAGUCAGAAAAUUAAAAUUGAAAUUUUAUUAAAAAAAUAAAAUUAAGAUUUUAAUGUUUAUGGCUUUCGAACACCGACGUCCCAGAUACUGAAUUGUAAAAUUUUAAAUAUUCCAAAUUACUCAUUUAUUAUCAUUAAACAUUAAACAGCGCAGUCUAUAAAAUCUGUCUCAUCGAGGCUUAAGUAAACAAAUUUAAAAAACGUGGUGCUUCCAAAAGAAUACGAAUAAGUAAUAAUUAAGGAGAAAGUAUUAAAAUAAAGGAAUGGACAGAUAAGCCAGUGAUAUUAUAAUUUAUACAAAGCUUUGUAAAGCGACAUACACGUGCGAGAUUGUGGCUGCGCGUGCGUCGGUCAACGUGAUGUAUGUAUAUUUUUAUAUUUAGAUAUAAGUUAUGUUACUGUAAUAUAUAUAGAGGUUAAUAUAAUAUAUGGAUA